CCUCAUGGACCUACUCACUCAAAAUGCCGGGCUUGUAGCGCCGACUGGCGUAGCUGUGCUUGUGGCAUAUGUCACGCUCUGCAGAGGAUUUCGCUUUCUGCGAAGGGACAUGAAGCAUGCCCAUUAUCCCUAUGAGACCCGCGAGGAGUUCAAGAACAUGACCGCUGAGCAUGCUUACGAAAUUGUCCAAUACGUACAGGGUCUCGAAUUCCCCUUUAUAGCCACAAAAGCACUGGCUUUUGCACUGUUCAGAACCUACGGCAUUCCGUCCAUCUCCAAGCUCCUCUGCGAAACGCAACAGUUAGGAAAAGUAGAAUACGCUGGUCGACGCUAUGCCGAUACAGCGAUUCUGAUCACCGAGUUUCUGGGCCAUUCUCCGACUUCAGAGCGUCACAACUCAGCCAUCGCUCGCAUGAACUACUUGCACGGCCGAUAUCAGAAAGCUGGCAAGAUCAGUAAUGAUGACAUGCUAUUCACGCUAUCGUUGUUCGUCACCGAGGUUGAGAGAUGGGCACGACUUUAUGAGUGGCGACAACUUUCCCUUAUGGAAAUCUGUGCAACUGGAACAUAUUGGAAAUGCAUUGGGGAUGCCAUGGGCAUUGACUUCUCUUCCCUUAGACACGGACCGGAUUCUUUCCGAGACGGGCUGGAAUUCUUCGAAGAUAUCAAACAAUGGGCUGAAGACUACGAAAUUCAGUACAUGGUCCCGAAUAAGUGGAACCAUCAACUCGCCGAGGAGACAUCAGCUAUCCUCUUAACAGACGUUCCUAAGCCUAUGAAGCCGAUGGCAAAGAACUUCGUUAAAGUGCUCAUGGACGACAGGCUCAGGAAGUCUAUGAUGUACGAUGAUCCGCCACCGGUAUACGCAUACAUCAUCCAGACCAUUUUCGCCGUUCGAAAAUUUGUAACGAUAUGGCUGAUGCCACCGAGGCCGUAUGCACUGCGCUAUGACCCGGUAUCACCCAAGCCCGACCCGAAUACUGGUCGCUACCACAUGUCCGACUACGAUGGUCAGCCAUGGUACGUUAAGUCAACCUUCUUCACGCGCAACUCCCCUACAGCCUGGUUGCGCUGGAUUAUUGGUGGACCACACCCCGGUGAUGGAAAGCAGUACAAGUCUGAAGGCUACAAAAUCUUCGAGCUUGGCCCAACCAAGCUCGAAAAUCACGGGAUUGCAGAGUGCGAGUCUACGAGAGAUAGGCUAAUGAGCAGUGAUCGGGGUGGAUGUCCAUUUGCAUUUGCCAAGUGAACAUAGCCGUCUAUGAUUCUUGGUCGACUACAUGCUCAUCGCAGAACAUGAAGAAUACUUGUAUGGUAUAACGACUCAAAAUGUUGUUCACGUACGUAUGUAGCCACGACAGCGAACAAUGAAUGACGUCAGUGUGACC